AUGGAUGAAAAAGAACUUAACCAUGAAGCUUCUAUGCUUCGAAAAGUCGCAUUUCUCGGAAUUUGUAUCAGUACUGUCUCUACACUGACAUGUAUCGUUGCCAUCCCACUUCUCUAUAACUACAUGCAGCAUAUUCAAACCAACUUACAUAGUGAAAUCGAUUUCUGUCGUCACAGAACUGUGGGACUCUUUAUUCAAUACGAGCGAAUGCAAACGGCAUCAGGAAUCAAAGGCCGAAGAAUUAUUGUGAAGAAACAAGCAGGAUAUGAUUUUUCUGAAUCAAACACAAACAGUGAAUCUGGAUUCAGCAGUAGCAAGUCGUCAUUGUCCCCAGGAGGACAAUGUUGCUCGUGCAAGACAGGUCCUUCUGGACCACCAGGCCCCCCAGGAGAGGAUGGAAGAGACGGACGCGAUGGUAAACCUGGGCUGAACGGUGAAGACGGAACAGAUGCAAAAGAUUCUGGAGCCAGGCGUGACACUUCUGCACCAUGCUACGAUUGCCCUGUUGGACCACCAGGACCACCAGGAAACAUUGGACCAAAAGGACAAUCUGGUCGCAACGGAAAGGAUGGUCUUCCAGGAGUUCCCGGAUUACCUGGACAACCAGGAGAACCAGGAGAGGAUGGACAACCGGGAGAAGACGGUGACCCAGGACAACCAGGAGAUAAUGGAGAGCCAGGAAAAUGUGAUGAAGUUAAUGUCGCGCAGGGACCACCCGGAAGACCAGGACCUCCUGGAUUGCCAGGUCCAGAUGGACUUCCAGGAACGCCAGGAAACCCAGGACAAGACGGGGAGCAAGGGCCUGCGGGAGAACCAGGAAGAGACGGAAAAGAUGGUCAACCAGGAAGACCUGGACAACCAGGGCCGCCAGGAGAGCCAGGAACAGGUGGUGGAUGUGAGCAUUGCCCAACGCCCAGAACAGCGCCAGGAUAUUAG